GGGAGGGGUCACAGGUCAGUGUCGGAUCCUCGGCGCGCGUGAGGAGGACGAAGUAGGUGAUCAGACCGGCCGAGACCUUCAAGUUCCGACCGGUGCCUUUUCCUCGGGGCAGCCCGGGAUUCUCCAAGAGGACAAUGGAUUCUGGGACUCGCCCAGUUGGUAGCUGUAGCAGCCCUGCAGGGCUGUCUCGUGAAUAUAAACUAGUGAUGCUGGGUGCUGGUGGUGUAGGGAAAAGUGCCAUGACCAUGCAGUUCAUCAGCCACCGAUUUCCAGAAGAUCAUGAUCCCACCAUUGAAGAUGCUUAUAAAAUCCGGAUCCGUAUUGAUGAUGAGCCUGCCAAUCUGGACAUUUUGGAUACGGCUGGACAGGCAGAGUUUACGGCCAUGCGGGAUCAGUAUAUGAGGGCAGGAGAAGGCUUUAUCAUCUGUUACUCCAUUACCGAUCGUCGAAGUUUCCAUGAAGUUCGGGAGUUUAAACAGCUUAUUUAUCGAGUUCGACGUACUGAUGAUACUCCUGUGGUUCUUGUGGGAAACAAGUCUGACCUAAAGCAGCUAAGACAGGUCACCAAGGAAGAAGGAUUGGCUUUGGCCCGAGAAUUCAGCUGCCCCUUUUUUGAGACAUCUGCUGCAUACCGCUACUACAUCGAUGAUGUGUUCCAUGCCCUUGUCCGGGAGAUUCGUAGGAAGGAAAAGGAGGCAGUGCUGGCCAUGGAGAAAAAAUCUAAGCCCAAAAACAGUGUAUGGAAGAGGCUGAAAUCCCCAUUCCGGAAGAAGAAAGACUCAGUAACCUGAAGGAAAGAUGUGAAAUGUCUAUCUGUGAACUGCAGUGCUUGAUCAGAGCAGUCCAGUAAUCUGCAUUAGUGAGCAUGGUGCUUGUUCUUUCUCCUGUUAUGACCGUUAUUUAAAAGUAACUGAUGAAGGGGACAUGCCCACUAGGAGACUUCAAUGAUGUGGUAUUUAAAGGAUUGUCUCAGCUAAUUCUAUUAACCCAGUGGAGCACUGUCUACUCUUUAAUUUGCCACAUUAGAAUUUGAUCUACCAAUGUUUUGGAUUCUGUUGCUGACAUUAAUUAAUGUAAGUUUUUUACGCCCAGGGGAAUAUGCCUACCGUAUGUGUUUGACUAAGCUCACAAGAGGAAUUUUUUGCCAUGCACUAUUCUGCACUCUCUUGCGGUCCCAACUGCAGUUUCCUGGGAAGGACUUCAGGGAAGGACUUCUGUCUUUUCUAUUCAUGCUGUGCUUCCUGGAGACAGAAUAAAAAUCCUAUCGGGAAAUCAGUUCUACAGAGAUCAGUGCUAAAGUUCAGCCGAUAGCUAUGGAACUGACUCCUGUUGCAGAUAGUGAUGAGAAUGGGGAAAUCAGGCUGUAUGUUUUUGCAGGAACUUGCUAGAAAAAGGUAGGAUCAGAACAGUGCUCCCCAGAGGAGCCUGUCUUUUCUGAGAAGUACACAUUUGACCCAGAUUCACUGGGAGAACAAACACGUAAAAUGUAAUGAAGCUUGCUUUCUCCCUACAGCGUUACUUUACUGUUCCUUUCAGGGUUUUACCUUUCUUUACCUUCAAAGGUGAACACUUUGGAAACCAUUACUAGAUCACUAAACUCCUGUUUAAUCUGAAUCCUUGGUUGGGAUAGCCGUUGCCUUGUACAGGUUUAUUUCCCCCAGAGCUGCACUCACCAGCAUUAAUUGCUUGCUAGUGCUUUCCCUCACUUCUCCACGCUCUCUAGGACAGCUAAGCCUGGCAGAAUGUUUUCUAGGCCCUUUGUCAGACUGACUGCAUUUUCCAUUCAGAGGAGACUCAUCAGGAGUUAGUAAAAUUGAGUAUGCGCCUCCUUGACACAGACAAUCACUAGACUCAGUGUUCUAAGAAAGCCUGUGGCGUUUCUGUUUAAUGAGCCAGUCUUGAAGCUUUA